GAUCACUUAUACCUCCUUGGUCUGGGGCUCCCCACAGUUUCCCCCCAUCACUCCUCCCAUUCCUUCCAACUUUAUUUUUAGCUACCAGUGGGAGGGGGCAGGAUAGGAGGGAAAGUAGCAGAAAAGGAGAAAGUCAGAAGCACAGAGGACUUCUGACACAGGACAGAACAACCAGGCAUGGAGCUCCCCCUCUUCCCUCACCUGUUCUUGCCCCUGAUGUUCCUGUCAGGUCUCUGCUCCCCCUUUAAUCUGGAUGUGCAUCACCCACGCCUAUUCGCAGGGCCACCAGAGGCUGAAUUUGGAUACAGUGUCUUACAACACAUUGGGGGUGGACAGAGAUGGAUGCUGGUGGGCGCUCCUUGGGAUGGGCCUUCAGGUGACCGGAGGGGAGACGUUUAUCGCUGCCCUGUAGGGGGGCCCCACAAUGCCCCAUGUGCCAAGGGCCACUUGGGUGAUUAUCCACUGGGAAACUCAUCUCAUCCUGCUGUGAAUAUGCACCUGGGCAUGUCUCUGUUAGAGACAGAUGAUGAUGGGGGAUUCAUGGCCUGUGCCCCUCUCUGGUCUCGUGCUUGUGGCAGCUCUGUCUUCAGUUCUGGAAUAUGUGCUCGUGUGGAUGCUUCAUUCCAGCCCCAGGGAAGCCUGGCACCCACUGCCCAACGUUGCCCCACCUACAUGGAUGUUGUCAUUGUCUUGGAUGGCUCCAACAGCAUCUACCCCUGGUCUGAAGUUCAGACUUUCCUGCGGAGGCUGGUAGGAAGAUUGUUUAUUGAUCCAGAGCAGAUUCAGGUGGGACUAGUACAGUAUGGAGAAAGUCCUGUACAUGAGUGGUCCCUGGGAGAUUUCCGAACCAAGGAAGAAGUGGUGAAAGCAGCCAGGAACCUCAGCCGGCGGGAAGGACGAGAAACAAAGACUGCCCAAGCAAUAAUGGUGGCCUGCACAGAAGGGUUCAGUCAAUCCCGGGGAGGCCGACCAGAGGCUGCCAGGCUACUGGUGGUUGUCACUGAUGGAGAAUCACAUGAUGGAGAGGAGCUUCCAGCAGCACUAAAGGCCUGUGAGGCUGGAAGAGUGACACGCUAUGGGAUUGCGGUCCUUGGUCACUACCUUCGGCGUCAGCGAGAUCCCAGCUCUUUCCUACGGGAAAUUCGAGCUAUUGCCAGUGAUCCCGACGAGCGAUUCUUCUUCAAUGUUACUGAUGAGGCUGCACUGACUGACAUUGUAGAUGCACUAGGAGACCGAAUUUUUGGCCUUGAGGGGUCUCAUGGAGAAAAUGAAAGUUCCUUUGGGCUGGAAAUGUCUCAGAUUGGUUUCUCCACUCAUCGACUAAAGGAUGGGAUUCUCUUUGGGAUGGUGGGGGCCUAUGACUGGGGAGGCUCAGUGCUAUGGCUUGAAGAAGGUCAUCGCCUUUUCCCCCCAAGAACAGCCCUGGAAGAUGAAUUUCCCUCUCCUCUGCAGAACCAUGCAGCCUACCUGGGUUACUCUGUUUCCUCCAUGCUUUUGCGGGGUGGACGCCGCCUCUUUCUCUCAGGGGCUCCUAGGUUUAGACAUCGAGGAAAAGUCAUCGCCUUCCAACUUAAGAAAGAUGGGGCUGUGAGGGUCGCCCAGAGCCUCCAGGGGGAGCAGAUUGGUUCAUACUUUGGCAGUGAGCUUUGCCCAUUGGAUACAGAUAGGGAUGGGACAACUGAUAUUUUACUUGUGGCUGCCCCCAUGUUCCUGGGACCCCAGAACAAGGAGACAGGACGUGUUUAUGUGUAUCUGGUGGGCCAGCAGACUUUGCUAACACUCCAAGGAAUCCUUCAGCCAGAACCUCCCCAGGAUGCUCGGUUUGGCUUUGCCAUGGGUGCUCUUCCUGAUCUGAACCAAGAUGGAUUUGCUGAUGUGGCUGUAGGGGCACCCCUGGAGGAUGGGCACCAGGGAGCACUAUACCUGUACCAUGGAACCCAGAGAGGAGUCAGGCCCCAUCCUGCCCAGAGAAUUGCUGCUGUCACCAUGCCACAGGCCCUUAGCUACUUUGGCCGAAGUGUGGAUGGCCGGCUAGAUCUGGAUGGAGAUGAUCUAGUAGAUGUGGCUGUGGGUGCUCAGGGGGCAGCCAUCCUGCUCAGCUCCCGGCCCAUUGUCUACUUGGCCCCAUCACUGGAGGUGACCCCACCUGCCAUCAGUGUGGUCCAGAGGGACUGUAGGCGGCGAGGCCAGGAAGCAGCAUGCUUGACUGCAGCCCUUUGCUUCCAAGUGACCUCCCGCACACCUGGACGCUGGGAUCACCAAUUCUAUGUGCACUUCACAGCAACAAUAGAUGAGUGGAUGGUAGGGGCACGUGCAGCAUUUGAUGGCUCUGGUCAGAGGAUGCCCCCUCGGCAGCUCCAGCUCAGCGUGGGGAAUGUCACUUGUGAGCAGCUGCACUUUCAUGUGUUGGAUACAUCAGAUUAUCUCCGGCCAGUGGCCUUGACUGUGACCUUUGCCUUGGACAACACCACAAAGCCAGGGCCUGUGCUGGAUGAAGGUUCACCCACCUCUAUACGAAAAUUGGUCCCCUUCUCCAAAGACUGUGGCUCUGACAAUGAAUGCAUCACAGACCUGGUGCUUCAAGCUAAUAUGGACAUCAGAGGCUCCAGGAAGGCCCCAUUUGUGGUUCGAGGUGGCCGGAGGAAAGUGCUGGUAUCAGCAACUUUGGAAAACAGGAAGGAAAAUGCCUACAACACUAGCCUGAGUCUCAGCUUUUCUAGAAACCUCCACCUAGCCAGUCUCACUACUCAGAGGGACAGCUCAGUAAAGGUGGAAUGUGCAGCUCCUUCCCCUAAUGCCCGGCUCUGCAGUGUGGGGCAUCCGGUCUUCCAGACUGGAGCCAAGGUGACCUUUCUGCUUGAGUUUGAGUUUAGCUGCUCCUCACUCCUGAGCCAGAUCUUGGUGAGGUUGAAUGCCAGUAGCAGUAGCCUGGAAACAAAUGGGACCCUUCAAGAUAACACAGCCCAGACCUCUGCCUACAUCCAGUAUGAGCCUCAUCUCCUAUUCUCUAGUGAGUCCACCCUGCACCGCUAUGAGGUUCACCCCUAUAGGACCCUCCCAGUGGGUCCUGGCCCUGAAUUCAAAACUACUCUUAGGGUUCAGAACCUUGGCUGUUAUGUGGUCAGUGGCCUCAUCAUCUCAGCUCUUCUUCCAGCUGUAGCCCAGGGAGGCAAUUACUUCCUGUCACUAUCUCAAGUCAUCACUAACAAUGCAAGCUGCACAGUGCAGAACCUGACCAAGCCCCCAGGCCCCCCUGUGCAUCCAGAGGAGCUUCGGCACACAAACAGGCUGAAUGUCAGCAAUACUUGGUGUCAAGUUGUGAGGUGCCACCUUGGGCAGCUGGCAAAGGGGACCGAGGUCUCUGUUGGACUCCUGAGGCUGGUUCACAAUGAAUUUUUCCGGAGGGCCAAGUUCAAGUCUGUGAUAGUGGUCAGUACCUUUGAGCUGGGAACUAAGGAAGGCAGUGUCCUACAGCUAACUGAAGCGUCCCGUUGGAGUGAGAGCCUCCUGGAGGUGAUUCAGAUCCACCCUGUCCUCGUCUCCCUGUGGAUCCUCAUUGGCAGUGCCCUGGGAGGGCUGCUCCUGCUUGCUCUCCUUGUCUUCUGUCUGUGGAAGCUUGGCUUCUUUGCACGUAAGAAAAUCCCUGAGAAAGAAAAAAGAGGAGAGAAGCUGGAGCAAUGAAUGUAAAAUAAGGCUCUAGAAAGUCCUCCCUGGCAGCUUCUUCAAGAGACUUGCGUCAGAGGAGAGGUUUGGAGGCUCAGAGGGGACAAGAAGAUGCUUCUGAACUAACUCCCCAGACCUGCAGCUUGACUUGACUUUUGAGUCCUGAGAAUGUUGCUGGCAAGAGAUGAAGCUUUACCUCAAAAAAAAAAAAAAA